CGGUCUAUAUAAAUGCGAGCGAUCGUUGUAUCACCGCGACAGUUUUCAUUCACUUCUAUGAGCGCGGUUUCUAUAUCGAUGUUCUUUAGUUCUGGAGCUCCGAUUUUGGAUUCGUUAUCAUUGUUCGUGAAAUAGAAGCUUUAAGAUUUCGAUUAUGGAUUCGACGGUGUUUCGUACUCGUUCUCACGGUACACCAGCCGAGGGUGUCAAGGAUCAAUACGCGGAUGGCAAAGCGGCGAAAGUCUGGGAGUUCUUCAUCGGUGACAUUAAACAACGUACGCAGAAUUACCGAGAUUUUCUAGUGGGUCUGCUGCGACAAAACGGAUGCCAUCGAAUAUUGGAUGUAGCUUGCGGCACCGGGGUCGACUCCGUGAUGCUGCUGGAGGAAGGCUUCGAGGUCGUAAGCAUCGACGCCUCCGAUAAGAUGCUCAAGUACGCACUGAAAUCCAGAUGGGAACGUAGGAAGGAGUCUGCCUUUGACAAAUGGGUGAUUGAAGAGGCAAAUUGGCUGACUCUAGCCAAUGAUAUUAGUCAUCUCAUCGGAGAAGGUUUCGAUGCCGUUAUAUGCUUGGGAAAUAGUUUCGCUCACAUGCCUGAUACUUACGAUGAUCAGAGAGAACAGAGGCAAGCCUUGAUGAACUUUGAGCGUUGCGUAAGACCGGGAGGUUUGCUGCUUAUCGAUCACAGGAAUUAUGACUAUAUAAUCAAUACUGGCCAAACUCCUCCCAAAUGCAUAUAUUAUAACAGCGACCAUAUGAUGGACAUCAAAACGUCGGUACUCUACGUAUCCGGAAAGCCGAAGAUCGUUACCUUAGAUUACAUGAUCGCUCAAGACGAGAAGAAUAAAGACAACCUCGAGUACAGCGAAUUCAGGCUGUCGUAUUAUCCUCACAAAUUAACAGUUUUCCGUGAUAUGCUGGUCGAAGUAUUCAGUCAUAGUGCGAAACACAUAAUCUAUGGUGAUUUUAAGCCGCUCAAUGAGAUCAAAAAUCCCGGAUUUUAUAUUCACGUGUUACAAAAACAACUUUAAUAGGCGAAGCAUGAAAAAUCGGUGACAUCUGUUUUCAAACAGUUAUCGGUUUUUCGGGAAAUCAAAAACGUUCCAUCACAUGAGACUGAAUGAUAUUAAAAUGUUGAUAUCAAUCUGUUUAGAAACGAGUUGUGUGAAUUAUACUAUGCAAAAAAAUUAAAAGGCCUUUUUUUUCUUUCUACAAAAAAGGCAAUUUUUAAGUAGCUACAACUUUGUCGUAUAUAAUCGCAUUGAAAUCAAUAAAAAAGCGUUAUAGAGCUUAAAACUUUUAAUUUCAGAAUCUUUUAGUGAAGUUUAAUUUUUUUAUUUGUUAUAAAAUUACGAUUUUACACAGCAGAGUUUUAUCUUUAAUUUUGUUUUUAUAAUGAAUGUCCUAAGAUUUAUUUUUCGCCGAGUUAUUCACUGAAGUAAAAUCAUCUAUUGACUUUGAGCGUUCAUAGUGAAAAAAUUAUCACACAAUGAUUAUUAAAAACGCAAUUUAAAAAGAAAAGUCGGCAUUUUAAAAUGCACUAAUUGUCUUUUCAAUCAAUAUCAAUAGUAUUAAAAUGUAAUCAUUACUUCAAAAUCAAGUAAAAAUUGCACUUUUAUCUUUUUUCAUUUAGAUCAAUGCAAAUUAAUAAAAAAAUGCUAACAUUUUUAUGAACUCUACAAUAUUUAUAAGUAAAAAGUAUUCCAUUUACUCGUGCAAAGAAUAAUUAGUGCAUUUGAAAAUGACAAUUU